ACCGGCAGAGAGGGUCCAAGGGCAACUCCCACCGGGACUCUGAGGGGUCACCCUCAGGCAACCUCAGCCGUUCCCAUCACGGCGCCUGCUGUGGGGAGCCAGGCUGUGUCUUCUCCCCCCCGGAUCUCCCCAAGUCCGGUGGGUGAUUGGCACCUGGUUCUGGUUUGGGGCAUAGCCAGCCUGUGGCAGCUACCGUCAGCUCUGGGGCACGCGUCCCCGUGCGGCGCCCAGGGGGCAGCCAGGGGCCCACCAGGCCGGGGCGCCAGGACGGAAGGAAAAUGACGGAGAGGAAUAAUCGGAGGCGGACGAUGAAGAAGGACGAUGAGGCCUACGAGAUCUCCAUCCCCUUCGAGGAGACGCCCCACCUAGAGCCCCAGAUCUUCUACAGCCUCAGCCCUCCCCAGAGCAACUUUGAAGAGCUGCCGGAGCCGCCCCCGCCCGCCCUGGCGCUGAUGAGCAGCAUGAAGACCCAGCUGCACAUGGCCCUGGAGCGCAACUCCUGGCUGCAGAAGCGCAUCGAGGACCUGGAGGAGGAACGGGACUUUCUGCGCUGUCAGCUCGACAAGUUCAUCUCCUCCACCAAGGUGGACACCGAAGAUCACUGCCGCAGCAAGCCGCCCCCGCGGCGGGCGGAGGCGGCCGAGAGCCGGCCCGGCGAUGCCACAGACAACGAAAGCCUGGCGUCCUCGCUCAGCGCCGCCUCGGAGCAGGGCGGCUCCACAGAGCGCAAGAAGCAGAAGCAGAAGGGGGGGGUGAGCCGGCGGCGCUUCGGCAAGCCCAAGGCCCGCGAACGCCAGCGAGUCAAGGACGCUGACGGGGUGCUAUGCCGCUACAAGAAGAUCCUCAACACCUUCCAGAAGCUGAAGAGCAUGAGCCGGGCCUUCGAGCACCACCGGGUGGAUCGCAACACAGUGGCGCUGACCACACCCAUCGCCGAGCUGCUCAUUGUGGCGCCCGAGAAGCUGGCCGAGGUGGGCGAGUUCGACCCGUCCAAGGAGCGGCUGCUGGAGUACUCGCGUCGCUGCUUCCUGGCGCUGGACGACGAGACCCUCAAGAAGGUGCAGGCCCUCAAGAAGAGCAAGCUGCUGCUGCCCAUCACCUACCGCUUCAAGCGGUGAUGGGGCCCCCUGCUGCCCCCCCACCCCGGGACCCAUCACUCUGCAAACCGCCCUAUCCCACCGCUGACACCAGCGCUGCCCCCUGGGACGCCCUCAAGCCACCCUAUCCCGCUGCUGAUACCAACACUGCCCUGGGACUCCCUCAAACCGUCCUAUUCCACUACUGCCACUGCGGCCGCCUCCAUCCCCUGGGAUCUGUGAUCCCGUGAAUUGGCCUAUUCCCACGCUGUCCCUCAAGACUCUCCUGAACUGGCCUAUCUCACCAAUACUGCCCCCACCCCCAGCAUCUGUCACUCCACGAACCUGCCUAUCACACUGCUAACACCAAACACCUGAGACCCCCUCGAACCAUCCUAUCCCACUACUGACACCAACGCCGCCCCCCCGGGGCCCCUCGAACCACCCUAUCCCAUGGCUGACACAAAUAUGUACCCAGUCCCUGCUGCCCAUCACCUCAGGCAGCAAUGGGAUACCCCCCCCCAACACACUACUGCCCCUCAGGACACUUCCUCCCACUGCUACCACAAAUAUUGCCCCCCAGAUCACUUCUUGCUUCAAGCAAUGAUGGGACUAGGGCCCUAUCCCGCACUGCUGCCCGUCACCUAUCACUUCUGGGAGUAAUGUCAUAUCCCACCCCGACCGCACGUGAUCCCACUUCCACCACCAUCACCCCUGGCACUGCCGCCACCCUCUAUUGCUUCAAACACGGGUGGGACCCUGCCCUGCUCCAACAGGCCCCCCGCUACCAUCGACCUCCACACUCCUGCCGCUCCAGCUCCAGCUCUUUCCUUCUAUCUCAUUCCUCUGCCAGUGCCCUGUGGUCACCGAAUCUCUCCACCCCAACGCGUGAUGAAUGGCUUCGUUCUUCCCUUUUUGUGCACACCACCUGCUGGUCUUGGCACAGCCAGGGAGCCAGGACGCCUGGGUUCUCUCCCCGGCUCUGGGACAGGAGCGGAGUCUAAUGGUUAGAGCGGGUGGGUUCUCCUGGGUUCUGUUUGCCCUCUCGGGGGCCUUGGGGACAUUCCAUUUUUCCUCCCCACUGGCAGAGCGGGGUUGAGUGUCAUGGGGCGGAGCAAGGUGUGGGUCUCGGUUCUGGGAGGGGGCUAUGCCUCCCACUCCUAUCCCAGGCCUGCCCAUGGGAGCAGCUGAGCUGCUGGGCCAUUGGGGAGGUUGGCAUCGGGGUGUGGCUCUGAGAGGCCCAUUCCCACACCCCUGCCCUGGGGUAGGAGGGCUGGGAUAGCAGGGGCUGGGCUGGGCUAGCCGGGG